GGAAGCGGAAGGGAGUCGAGAGGAGCUGCUGGCGGCGGAAUGGAGGCAGCAGCUGAGCCCGGGAAUCUGGCCGGAGUGCGAAAUAUCAUCCUUGUCCUCUCUGGAAAGGGGGGUGUUGGGAAAAGUACCAUCUCCACGGAGUUGGCCCUGGCGCUGCGCCACCAGGGCAAGAAGGUGGGGAUCCUAGAUGUAGACCUGUGCGGGCCCAGCAUCCCACGCAUGCUCCGUGCCCAAGGCAAGGCAGUGCACCAGUGUGACCAUGGCUGGGUGCCUGUCUUUGUGGAUCAGGAGCAGAGCAUCUCCCUCAUGUCCGUGGGCUUCCUGCUGGAGAACCCUAACGAGGCUGUGGUGUGGAGAGGUCCCAAGAAACAUGCAUUGAUAAAGCAGUUCGUGUCUGACGUGGCCUGGGGAGAGCUGGACUAUCUGGUUGUGGACACACCACCAGGGACUUCUGAUGAGCACAUGGCCACCGUGGAAGCCCUGCGCCCCUACAGGCCCCUGGGGGCCCUUGUGGUCACCACACCACAGGCAGUGUCUGUCGGGGAUGUGAGGCGGGAGCUGACUUUCUGUAGGAAGACUGGGCUGCAGGUCAUAGGGGUCGUGGAGAACAUGAGCGGCUUCGCCUGCCCACACUGCGCUGAGUGCACCAAUGUCUUCUCCAGGGGCGGAGGAGAGGAGCUGGCCCAGCUGGCUGGAGUCCCCUUUUUAGGCUCUGUUCCCCUGGAUCCGCAGCUCACCAGGAGCCUGGAGGAGGGCCGCGACUUCAUCCAGGAGUUCCCCAACAGCGCUGCCUACGCCGCACUCACUUCCAUCGCCCAGAAAGUUCUGCACAGGAUGCCUGCUGUGCACUCCUGACAGCCUCACAGCCUACAGGAACUCUGGGAGCAGGGGGAGAAGAUGUCCUCAGCACUGCCUUGGGACCUACGGUUGCUGGCCUGAGCAAUGGCUGGUCUGUGUGAUGACCUCCAUGCAGACAUCUCCCUGCAGGCCCCAGUGACAUUCCCAGGAAUGUUCGGGCAGAGUUUCUUUACCAUCAGCGGCUUCACCAGACUAGUUUGUAGCUGAGGGGACGGUUUGGGUCCUAGUUUCUUGAGAUGGUCGCAGCCUUAAAUUCCACCCUAUGGGCUUUGUCCAGCCAUAGUUCCCUCCGCCCCAGAUCCACAGGCUGCUCAGACAGCACACUAUACACGAGCUGGCGAGUACGUUCUCCUCCUGACUGACCCUGAGUGCCCACAAGAACUGCGCUGUGGAGCCUUCCGUGAUGCACUGUGUGGUUUACUUGUUAACUUACAGGAGUCUACCAUUAAACUAUCCCCCCCCCACCUUGUGAAGAA